AUGUGGCCAGAUUACCAUGCCUGUUCCACCUUCCAGGACUGGAAAUCGACCCUUUCAGGUCGUGCCAUCUGGGCCCAGACCUCUGAGGAGCUGUUUCUGGUGCUGCGGCUGCCGCGACGACCAAAGGUGUCCGAGCUGCGCAUUGAAAUCUCGCCAAAGCAUCUGCUAUCUUUGCUUCGGAAGAAGGGCGUGACUUCAGCCACACAGGAUGAUUUUGACACCCUCAUCGAUGCCAAGUUGUUGGCAACUGUGAAACCCUCAGAGUGCAGCUGGCAGCUCGACCAGGUGGGUGAUAGCUGCGACCUGCACUUCAGCCUCCGGAAGCAUUGCUGCGGUAUGGUGGAGGAGGCAUUUCAGUGA